GGAAACGCAAAGUUUGUCCUACAUAUCUUGCUGUAGGGGUCAUGUCCUUACGAAAAGAUGGUUCCUACUAUGCGGAUGUGGCCAGUAGGUCUGGGAUGGACAUGUCUGUCUAUUGCCAGGCGCUCCUGGAGCUCAGUGAGCUCCCCACCAAGCCCGCUGCCCCUGCGCUCCCGGAUGCUCCUCUUCCUGGUCCAGCAUUUCCACGACAUCGAGGCGAUUGUCAGCUGGAGCUCCUGGCUAGGGAACUGGACUCGGCAGCGGAAGAAUGUUUACUACAGUUAUGCUCAGAAGCAGUUUGGGAGCAAUGUGGCAGCAGCAUUUUACAUCCUGAACCUGAAGGGAGGAUUCAGGUUGGCGGGUCAGUCGGAUUGGGUCAGACCAAAUGCAAAGGGAAAGUUCAGCUUGGAUUUCAUCAAUUUCUCAGACCUCUCCAUCGAGGAGGUGGAUGCCAGUGGAACAGUAAUUAACUACAUGGGACUUAACAACCUGGUGAGUCAACAGAAGCUGCGUUGUCUCUCACUGCGUGGGUGCCCUGAAGUGGACGACUGGUUCCUGUCCCGAUUGCACAUAUUCAAGGACAGCUUAGAGGAGCUCGACCUGUCUGGCUGCUCUCGUGUGUCUGUUGGGGGUCUUUCCGCCUUACAUCAUCUGAGGAAACUGCGGAAACUCGACCUGUCGUCCCUCCCGCGCGUGCAGAACCCAGGGCUGGUGCGUAUCUUGCUGGAAGAGGUUCUCCCUCACUGUCACAUCAUGGGAGUUGAGUACCAGGAGGGUCUGCAGUCCAGCGGGGCAGAGACUGACAUCAAGGCAACAAGUGGCCUGUAGACUGGAGAGCUUUCAUAGACCAAUGAGCAGAACAAUGGUACUGUACACACAGAUGAACACAAACAUGCUGUAAUAUUUACUGAAUCAGUCAGUUUAGCCUCAUGUUAUAUGCUACUACCUGUUCUUAGGCCAGACUCCAGUAAGGAUGUCAGCCCUCUGAUUGUCAAAAUGUGAACUGAUAUUCCUUAUAAGAUGUUUCCAGAAACAACUUGUCUGUCAUAUGGGCAUGGUUAUUUUUACAGCAUAGUGAACUGCUGCUAAAUUUGAAUCACAUUUCCGGUUACAAAACUUCUGCCGUUCAAUUAUUUAAACUUGUUAUAACCAACUGUGUGGUUAAAACAGCUGAGUGUUGUCAGCGCAACAAAUUGUGCAUUUACCUCCCAUACAUCAGUUCUGUUAUGAGCAAUAUUCUGAGGUGUGCCGAAAAAUGGAAAUCAUUGUAGUAAUUAUUAAUGAUGUAUAUAACUUUUAUUUUAUUUAUGCAAUUAGGUAAUCUUUCAGUUUUUUUGUUGUAAUUUUGUUUUGUUUUUGCAUCGAUGACAGAAAUAUACAAACAAUAUUUUUAUUU